UCAGUUCGCUACCGUACAGCCUUUGGGAACGUUGUGCUUUCGAACGCAGGAGGGCAGCGGCGACCCACGUACUCCCCCCACCCGCACACCCCGUGUAUACCCAGUGCAUAUACAUUUCUGGUGAAGUGGGCAAAACUGUGACAAACAACGGAAAUUUAGCAUACUUUUAUGAGUUCCGAUUUGGACAAAUCGUGCGGCCAGGCCACAAACGGGUUCAGGCCACGUCUAGAAAUCAAACAUCAGAAUUGAAUCGCACAGUGCGAGACUUGUGCAACUUCAACGAAAAUGUGACCCAAUUCAAAACGCGAUUUCUCGGAACGCGUGUGUACAAGCUGCAUUUGAUAAAAAAACGUUUUAGCCACGCCAAAACUAACAGCAACCACAACAACAACGAUAAAUAAAUAGAUAUAUAAAAUAUGAAGCUCUCUGAUACAAUGGCUACGCCAAUAGAAGAAAAGCUCGAUCAAAACCUUAAGGUACGCACUGGCAUGGUCCAUGUCAGCGAUGGCAAAAGCAGACCGGAACCACUUCGUCUUAACCUCACAAUGGAGCUGCUUUCGCUCCAAAAGCUAGAAAUCGUAACGCCAAGCAGUUGCCAUCCGAAUGGACCGCCAAUGGAAUCAAAGGAACGAAUGGUCCAGAUUACGCGCCAGAAGCAGAGUGGCCUAGGGCUGAGCAUAAAAGGAGGAGCGGAGCACAAGCUACCGAUAUUGAUAUCGCGGAUCUACAAGGAUCAGGCGGCGGACAUCACGGGCCAGCUGUUCGUGGGCGAUGCCAUCAUCAAGGUGAACGGGGAAUAUAUCACGGCCUGUCCGCAUGACGAUGCUGUCAAUAUAUUGAGAAAUGCCGGGGAUAUUGUCGUCCUAACAGUGAAGCACUAUCGAGCCGCAACGCCCUUUCUACAGAAGCAAUUAACCAAAGAUACACCUGACUCUGACAACGAUGCCACCUGUGCCGAACUAAAGGCAGACGAGGGCUACAAAUCAUCCGUCAACAGUGGAACAAUCAGCCGCAGCUGCAGUCGUCCCAUGUCCAUUUGCUCCGAACCGGAGAAGCGCUGGACUGAUGUUGUGGCAGUACCCCUGAUGAUGGCCUACGUAACGAGAUACAUUUACGGAACCGACAAACUGCGACCCAAUGCCUUCGAAGUGCGUGGGCUGAACGGGAUCACCACGGGGGUCAUUCACUGCGAUGAAUUGGCCAUCCUCAGUCAAUGGCUCAAGUUGAUCACCGACAAUGUGGUAGGCCUAACGCAUCUACAGAUGAAGCUGUACAAUCGAAACUUUGCGGUGGGAGAGCGCAUCGAGUACAUGGGUUGGGUGAACGAGGGCGUCAUCAACAACAAUAUAUCCUGGCAGAGCUAUAAGCCCAGAUUUUUAUUGCUAAAGGGCACCGAAGUGAUGCUGUUCGAAACCCCACCAUUGAAUGUGGCUGGGAUCACUAAGGCUUUGGUGGUCUACAAGGUGUAUCAGACCAUGUUUCGCAUUGUCAAGGAGUCCGAGACCGUAGACAGUCGCCAGCACUGCUUUCUACUGCAGAGUUCGGGUCACGAGCCUCGGUAUCUGAGCGUGGAGACCCGCCAGGAGUUGCUGCGCAUUGAGAACAGCUGGAAUGCGGCCAUCGUGACCAGUGUUAUCAAAUUGGGUCGUAAGACCUUUGCGGUGUCGCAUCAUGGAAAGAGCGGCGGACUAACCCUGGACUGGCAGGCCGGAUUCUCUCUCACCGAGGGCGCCGAAUCCGCUGUGGUCUGGCACUACAAGUUCUCCCAAUUGAGGGGCUCCAGUGACGAUGGCAAGUCCAAGUUGAAGCUUCACUUUCAGGAUCACGAUAGUCGAGCAAUCGAAACCAAGGAGUUGGAGUGUCAAGUCCUGCAGAGUCUGCUUUUCUGCAUGCAUGCGUUCCUCACAGCCAAAGUGGCUUCAGUGGAUCCGGCAUUCUUGAGCUCAAUUCAGCAGACCUAAAAUGCUUAAUCAUGGAACAAAAGAUAAUUCACAAGGAUAUAUAUUCGUAAAGUGCAUAGCAAAUGAUUCGAAUAUGAGUGUUGGACUAAGUAUCAUAUACACAAUGUCGGACUGUACUUCUUAUAAACAAGUACGCGUAAAGGUGUUGAUUGGAUAUUGAUAUGAUUAUGGAUAUACUCGUACUUAUAGCGCUGAUAAAACUGAAAGUGAAAUCUCUUGGUGCAUUACAGUAACUUUUAAGCAUACAUAAGGCAAUUACUUUAGGCAUUUUUCCUAUUACGUAGACUUCAUACUUGACAAUUGAAUAGAAAUUGAUAUUAUUUACCAGCGAUUGUUUCUAUAUCUAGCCUUUAUAGUUGAAUUAAUUACCUAAUAAGUCACCCAGAGAUUGUCAGAACCUUGGAGAUAUGAAAGGAAGCCACCUGGAUUCGAGCUUGGAAUGAGGUGAAGGGGAAGGUGGCGCAGGUUCUUAGAUAAUUAUGCAAUGAUAGAUAGGAACCUUUUCAAUAAUAUGCAUUUAAACUUUUUGCGCAAUUCCGAAACCCUCGCGUCACCUUCUUUCUUUAAAGAAGGUUCUCAAUACAGCCUCAAAGGCUUUAUUCCGUAAUUGAUAUGUAUGUAUCUCUAGAAAUACUUUUCAAAAAUUCUAAAGAAAUCGAAUCGAAAUCGAAAGAAAUUCAAUUUUUAUGUGCGCUCUAAAUGAAAAUUUAAUUUUCGAAAAACAAACCAAUGCUUUAACAAUUGAUUGAGUGUUAUUUUCUACAAAACAAUAAGUAAUAGCAGAUAUCAUAAUAUAUAUGUAUACAAUAUAUGUAUAAUAUACAAUAUAUAACAUCCACCGAACAAAUCUCAAUGCACAGACAGUAAUACGAAUUACAUAUGUAGAUUUUAUAACUGUUAUACGAAUACAAAUACGAAUACGAAUACGAUUACGAGUACAUCUAUUCAAAAGCCAGCUAAGUGAAUCCAUCCGACACUCACUUAGCGCAUUUGUCAAUUCAGAAAGUGUCUUUCGGCGGGAAGAUUGUAAUGGAACUAUACGUUGCUUACGCAUAUACAUACAUGUAAUGAUUUUAAGCGUUAUUGCACAACAGAUACGAUAUAUUUACGAAUUAGUUAGCGAAUCAUCGACGAGCACAAAACACUCUCAGCCGCAUCAAUACACAUAAGAGUAAUCGAUGCAGCAGAAUAGAUUCUAUGUAUUGUAUGUAUGUAUACCGCAAAUAUAUAUAUAUAUAUCCGAUCAAGACCACAGUCGAGUCUGAAUAAUCAGAAUCAAAAGUAUUUAUUGUACAUACAUAUGCUUAGCUCCACUGGGUUAGAAUCCGAUCUAUAUCAUCCACACAAACUAUGCCAUAACUGAAGUAUCAACGUAAAGAACAGCAAAAUCAAACAAUAUCAAAAUAGGUGCACAUUAUCCCAUAACUUAUGUAAACCAAACCCGACCAACAUACGUAAUCCGCAUUACACCGCAAAAUACCGUCAAUAUCAAUUACUCGUACUAGGGAGACCCAGAUAUCUCUUAUCCACAACUAAUCGUACGCAUAUAUUUUUAAUGCAAAGGCUUGAAUAGUGCUGUAUGGAAUACCAAUCAUACAUCACACAUACAUACAUGCAUACAUUUAUAAACGAUAAUAUUUACCUUAUUGCCUCAAUUCUCAGAGAAAGAGUUGGAUUUUUAGCGAGAACUGCGCUGCUUGAUACAUGUCAUCCAUAAAGCAACCAUUUAGUUGGUUCUGUUACGGUUACCUAUUUAAUUUCACGCGUUACUAAAUUAAUUAAUUAUACAACAAAUGAAAUGCAUUCAAAUUGAAAUAAAAGCCCCUAAUAUCUAAACUAGAA